AUGACAGCUACCGCCUUGCUUGAUCUCAAAAACAUUUACAGCCCCAUUCGGGUCGAACAGUUAGAAUCAGCAGCUGACAUCGCAUCAAUUCGGGCUGUGCUAAACGACCAUCAUGUUACGGCAUUUCCAGCAACGCUCAGUGGCGUUCACCAGGCAUUGACAGUGGCACUGCGAGUUGCUUUGCUGAUUUGUGAUUCAAUUGACGACCUGAUAAUGGAUCAAGAAACCACGGCUUUCCAUGACGCUCUAGUUUAUAGGCCCUGCCUCCACUGUACUGAAGCAGGUUUUCAGAUCCAUGUUCAGUCCGUGUUAUCUGAUUUGACAUCAAUGAUCGAUGUAUCGACAGAGUACUUGCUGCGGCUGGGUUUAUUUGCUGAUUAUGCAACACUAAUCGUCAGCAAGCUGGUGUCAGCAUCCGCCUUCGGAGCGGAAACGGAUGAUCUACUCAUCCACCGCUGCCUCAUGGCUUGCAGUGCGUUGUCCGAAGUGUAUGCAACAGCAAGACAAAGCAGCCUUAUUGCUGAGGAAUAUGACCUUGCACCGUGUCCUCCACGCUACGGGAAGGAUGAUGUCAAGGACGAUAUUGUUCAAUCAGCUAGUGGACCCAUUCUUGGUAACCAUCAAAUAAUGACACUCAACUUUCCGUUGUGUGCUCAUGCAGAUAUGAUACCAAAGCUGGCAUUCACGUCUUACAGAGACAAUUUUUGUUGGUUCGAGGACUGGGCGACGGCAAACCGCGGAGACGGUGAUACACCUAAACUUGUAAGUUCUGUAAUCACACUUAACAAAAGCUUUGAGACUUUGUUUGCAAAGCAUCCAACCUAUAACUGUCCUUGGCGAGCGCGGAAUAAGAUAGGGACGGAACUCACGCGUUGGCUGGCGAAGCUCGAUCACACCACAAAGGAUUCCAGCAAUGCAUACUUGACACAUACCGGCAUACUUUGUACGAGCCAUGCUUGGGUCCGCAAAUUGAUGGUGGCAUCUAUUUCGUACGGAACCUACGGCAAUUGGCCUGUCCCCUUUGAGUUGGCCAUGGACGACUAUGCCGAAGUCGUUUGUACGUACAUCGGUGCAAUGUGGCGGGGCUGGAGUGUUGAUCAUGAUGUGGAAGCAUCGAUUGGAGAGCAUAAUGCUAUGAAUUGGCUAUGCAGAGCCUGUGCGAUGGCCACAACACGCGACGCCUUCUCUCCAGCCAAUGCUAAGGCUAUACGAAAGGAUUACAUUCUCCGUUUGGCCUGGUCCCCGCAGUCAUAUUUCUACUUUGGUCUGAGGCAUCACGGCUUCGAGCGGCGAGUAGACAACUUGCUCGAGACAAGCACUAGAUUAUCAUCACCACACCGGUGUCUCAUCCAGCAGGUCGCACCAGUUUACUCGCCCAUAAUGUCUGGGGACAACGUGUGCACCAUUGUCACAAAACUGCUUGGUAUGUGCGGCAUGAGGGUAGUGAGUGAUUUCGGAGAUCUCGGUGACAAGGAUUGGGCAUGUCAUCCCCGUAUUUGUUCCACAUGUGACUUCGCAAAUUCUCGGUCUCAGCUCUUCAUGGUAUCUGUUGGAGCGGCACGCUUGGCGACACCUUCGGCCUUCGACUGUUUCCAGCACUCCAAGCCAGAAUACUAUGCCAAUGCCCUUGUGUGCCUGGAUGGCUGGCGGACGUGA